UUSUUUUCCYCCGUCCCKGAGAUAACCUUCCGAGUGCGUCGCUCCGUGCAGAGAUCUGACCGUGACAGAUCUGACCGCACUACCCCGUUAAGAGAAGUGACGCUGACCGAGCGCAUUUUCAACCUCAUCGUGGCUGCUCUAAGCUUGACAUCGCUCAAGAGAACUCAUUUCCUCUGUUACAGCUCGCUGGAGCUUUGAUUUUGCUUAAAACCAGGCAAAAGAAAUGGUUAAGAGAAACAGAGUUUUAAGCCCGAAGAGAAGGAGGGGAAGGCAAAAGGGGUGAAAGCUUCACCUGYGUMGUUCGCCCUGCCYGGGACGGGCAUGAACUUGUACGUURGUUCUUAAGCUGUGUGCCACGUGGGUGUGCCACUCUCCGAGUGCUGCAGAGAGAGGCAAAGAUCAACAGGCAGAUCUGURUAUUUGUUUCAUUUUUUUCUUUAUAUAACUACCAACCCUGCCGUCAGGAAACAUAGGAAGCAACGAGGCUCUGGUACYUGGCUGCUUGUGAAAUAAAAAGAGGAAAUUCAUCUGAAGAUUCAGUGAGGGCAUUCAGGAAAGGUAGUAUCAUUAUGGCAGUUUGACAUGAGUCUAUGAACCAAUGAAGACAUGAAGGGACAGAACAUACCACCUCUUACCAUCUUUUUGUUUUCCAUCAGUGCUACAUUUUUGGGUUUUACAGAACAGGAAGAAGUAACAGGGCUGUUUUCCAAGGAUUGUGUUCUCCCUUGUUUUUUCCCACCUGGGCAUGAUGAAGUAAUUCAUUGGCGCAAAGGGAUCAAAAAUGUGCACAGUUACUACGAACAGAAGGAUCAGUUGCAAGAACAAGAUCCACAUUACAGACAGAGAACACAUCUUUUCCAAGAGAGCAUCUCCAGUGGGAAUGCCUCCUUGAAACUUAGUAACCUGACCAUGACUGAUGAAGGCUCUUAUACCUGCUAUGUGGGAACAGUUCACACUAGAACAGAAGUGGAAGUGCUGCUACAUGUAAGAGCUCCUUCUUCUUAUGCAMUGGAAUACCAAAAGACCAACACUGAGAGGAGACUGAAGUGCUAUGCCUUUCUCACUUAUCCAGCACCAAAUAUAUCUUGGGUACAAGGCAAUGUAUCAAUCCAAGAAACAGAUCGGGAGGAAACCAGGAGUGGAGUUCUCUAUUCUCUUAGAAGUGACCAGGACAUUGUAAGCAUGGCAGAUACUUACUACUGUCAUGUUCAUCUGCAUCGUGAAGUGUGGGCUGCUGAAUGGAAGAUGCAAGACCACCUGUUUAAUGUGGAAGGAGGUAGCACCGUAAUGCCUUGUGAACACAGCAAUGACAUUGCAAACACUGAUGRUUUCAGUGUUGUCUGGACACUAUACAGAAAUGCAGUGACCUCAGUCCUGGCCUCCUUCAGUGGCACAUCUCACUCUCACCAGCCUCGAGUCCGGGUUAACGAAAGUGACUUUUCACUGAUAUUGGAUGAUCUUACUGCAGAUGACAAUGGAGAAUAUCUGUGUAAUGUUUCAACACCUUUCUACACAAAACUCAGUGUGASAACGUUGCACAUCAACAAUUCAGGUAACACUUGGAAAAUUGUGGUAGGAGUGGUAGCAGGUGCAGUGAUAGCACUGGCAGCAGGGGCAAUUUGCUAUCGAAAGAAAAGAAGGGAAGGAAUCAUAUAAACACCUUGACAUACUGGAAGAAAAUCACUCUCUGCACACUGAUACUACUGAGUUUGUUGAUGAAAAGAAUGAAGAGUUCUUUCACCUUCCCCUUUGGGUUACAGUAAGAACUACAUGGAAAUG